GUUGAAAACACGGAUACCGAAAAAUUGCUCUGUGCUCAAAUUAUGAUUUUUCAAAAGUGUGAAACUAUUAUCUUUGGUACGAGUGUAGUAAUCGCCAGCGGAAUUAGUCCAUUAUUAGGCGUCCAAAUGUUUCAAAACUAUCAAUAAUUUGAUACGAGCCUCUCCAUAGAGAUAUUGAAACUACUUUACCGGGCUAUCUGCCUUCAAGGUCAGGAAUGUGAUUCGCAUGCUUAUAAAAGCAUACUUCACGGACGAAACAGUGAAAAUCACAAACACAAAACUUAAGUAUCAGUAAAAGCUCCUUUGUAUUCUGCUAGAAAUCCAUAAAAAAUAUCGUAACCUCGCUUUUUCUGACAUGGAUUAACGUUGAUACUGUUAAGUUAUCAUAUGUCUUAUUUUGUCUCUUCAAAUUGCAUAUAUGUAUCGCUGAAUACCAAUCCUAACUCCUCAAUUUUAACGUAAACCUGAAGGCGAUAGCAUAAUAUAUAUAUUACGAUAGAACUAGUUAGACAUUACAUUUUUAAUUAAAAUUACUUCAUUCAUAUAGCUACACAGCAAUUUUGGAUAUUAAUGGAUGUCAUUUCGUGUUAAAGCUCCGAACUUUAUGGUAAAUUUCUCAGCCGUAACUGGGAUCAAUAUAGGGACUUAAGAUUCCUUUGCGUCCUUACAAAUUUUUAAAACGAUGAGCAGGCGAGUUGAUAUAUAUUUUUCCUAGUUACGGGCUGAGUGACCUGUAAAAAUUGUCAGUAGAUUCGAUAUUUACAAUAAACCGGUCCACGCUCCCAUUACUAUCGUUUUUGAUAAACUACCCGUUAAUAGACCUCCCUUAUGAUUGUCUAAAAACUACUUUUCACUUGCUCUAAUCUUGUCCCAAAAGUGUGCCUUUUCCCCCAUGUUUAGCUUAUUACUUUUCCGUCGUUACUAUAAUAUAUUUGAAUGUAUAUUUAAAUAAUCGAGCAGAUAUUAGCGAAAUUAUUAAAAUGAACACAACGCAACUAUUCAAAUAAGUAGUGGCCUUGUAAUAUGUCAUUGCAUCUUUGCUGCUGAUCUUGUCAUGUACAAAACUGACACUCUUCACUGUGCUCUAGCUAUUGACCACCCAAUAGAGAUAUCAAAAUACUACUCUGAGUUGGCUGAAUAAAUAGCACAGAAAUAUUGCUCAUCUGAUAGCCACUCAGAUAUACCAAAUGGAUAAGAUAUAUUAGAAACUGUCUUUUUCAAAGGUACAAGGAUGUCAUACGUUAUCACUCAUAGCUCCACCACUAGAAAAUCUAUAUAUGACUUCCAACUGCUCUGGUAUUCAAAUAACUCAUUAAAAUCAUACUUUUUAAUAGGUCUGAAAAUUCUCUGAGUAUCUAUUGGGUAUUUAAAUUAUAUAUUCUGAGUAGAAUUCGAUACAGACCAAGUGUAACUCCAAAGUCAUCGAAAUCGCUUCUGGAGGCUAUGUUUCAACCAUAUCACAUAGAAAUCUGAAGCAAAAUCAUUAUUACAAUCCAUUACACUCUCUACUUCAUAGCAAACCAAGGGCUUAUGUCAGUUAUCUAAUCAGUGAAUUAAUGAUGGCCCUAGUAGUUAAUAUGCAUAGCUGAAGUUCUACUGAAAUUCUUUUGGUCACGGCCAAUUAUCCAACUUAAAUUAAAUAUCAGGUGUCUUCAUAAAUUAGGACGAUCUCCAAAUAAAAAUACAGGUGAUAUAAGAAUUUUGGCGAUUCAUUGACAUGGAAUAGAAAAGGGGUAAUUAUAUAAUUAUAUCUAUAAAAAACGUAUAACCCAGUAUCUAAUGAAGUCAGUUUAUUUUAAUACACCAAUGUCUUUUGGUAAUGUGACUAAAAUAUCAGUGCAUUUUAUUUAUUAUUUUUUUUAUUUAAACACAUAAUAUUGGUACAAGGAAGCACCAGAUAAAUAUGCGCCUCACAAAUCUCAUUUGAUUUGUGUGGGGGCUGUGAUACUGCUCAGGUGCCCAGACUGAAGCAGGUGGUUUUCUUAGGAGGCCACACCCGAAGCCUUUGACCUGAAGGUCUAGUCCACAAGGCAGUGGAGCAUCGUGAAGAGAUGCAGUCCCAUGGUAGCCGGUGAUCAACGGUUGAUUCGUACGCCAUUCGUUCCUUCAGGAUACUGUAGCCCAUGUGCACCAUUGGUUUAGAAUCAGGGUUUUCCAACUCCUCUAGGUGGACACUCCACAUCCACCAACCCGGUUAGAGCGCCGGACAUUCGCUUUUCGUCCUCUCACUUUCGUGAACAACACCCCCGCCACUAGAAGGCAGUGAGUAGGACUUCCCUGGUAGAUGCUAUAUAUUCGCGUGGAGAGGGAAAGCGGACUCUUCCCACUCUCAGCUGUACCAGGGCAUUUGGGGGCAUCAGUGCAUUAGGUCACUUAUAAGAACAGUUCGUAUAUUAGCCGAAUUAAUUAAUUAUAACCAGCUAAGUAGUUUCGGAAUAUAAGAUCUAAGGAUUUAAAUCCAUAAGAUAUGAAUAUUUUACUUAAAAAACGACUACUUUUUAUAACAUACAUCUUUAACAUGAGUGUUUGUCAGACUUAACUGUUUGUCGAAGAUAAAAAAUUUGCCCAAUUUUGUUAGUAUAAACUCAGAGAAUGUUUAUCUAUAUAAUAUAGUAACACAUCCCUAGAACCCAGUGCCGGGUUUGAUUUUGUUCAGUGUUACUCUAGUGAUUUGUUUUCUAGAACCAAUUGACUACCCCUUCGAUAGUUUCCUAUUUAUCAUACGUGAUUCAUAUUUGGAACCGUUCCUGUCAUAAUCGACUUCCUAAAUGGAUUACAUAUGCAUAUUCUUUGCGUUUCUCCAAGUAUUAUUCGUCUUUUUCAGUAUCAUUAACAGGACUUAUUGCUUUUGCAGCGUUAACUGAAAAUGAUCUCGUCUGAUGCCGAAAAAUACGUGAAUGAUCCAAAUAUUGAGAUACAAUGGGCUGAACAUUGUUUCCGUCAUGCAGAAGCUUAUUUCCGCUUACUCUGCUCAGUCUCUAACCCCUCAAAAUUAAAACUGACUGCCCUAGAUGAUGUUAUAUUCGACAAAUUUAUGGGAGAGUUUAGUGAUGUACAAUUAGAUGUUAUUUCUGAAGAUUCUUUGAAAUCAGAGCAAUCAAAAGCAAAAUGGCGAACAUUUUGCAAUGCAUUUGAAGGGAAAGUUGAAGAUUUCAACUUUGGUACUUUAUUAAGACUUGAUGCCUCAAAAGGAUACUGCCCAGAAAACACUUGCAUCGGAUCAAUGCAUAUCUUUAAUUGGUCUAGCCUGGACAUCUGUAAAUACGUGUGAGUUGAAAGUUUUAUCGUUGUCUUCGAAAAAGCAUCCUCCAACUUUACAGUUACUUUGACUGAGGGUGCGUAGUAGAUCAAAAAGCCAACGCGAGAAGCUUUAUGAAGAUCAAUUAUCUAUGAUACCAUGACUAACUGGUACGUGUACGAAUAUUGUCGGUGGAGUGUUCGAGAACAUAAGAUAGCUUGUUGCUGCACCGUACAGUAUUGAAACAAGAAAUGUUUGUUAGUUCUAGUAUAUAACAGCUGGAGAUCAGCUUUUCAGCAUAACUAUCUUGAUUAUCUUGUUUAGUUUGCUGUACUGUUAAUUUUAAACUAAAGAAAAUUUUAACGUUGAUACUCUAACGCCACGG